AGGAAUGGCUCGGAGAAAGAAACGUGCAGCACCAGCAAAAGGGGUAAAAAAGGAAAUUACCCCUGAGCAGAAUCGACGAAAAAGUAUCGGAGCUGAACGACUGAAGUUCAAUCAGAUAAAUGUAGAUAGAGAAAUUGAAAGGAUGACUGAUGAACUGAAAGCCUUUGGUGAAAGGCUGAUACAAUCAAACCAAGAAGCCCACGAAGAGUUCACGGAAAGUGUUCCCAAAGAAAUCGGAAACUUGACUCUGAAGGAGUUCUUUGAAGCGGGAUACAUGUUGGACUAUGGGGCACCUCGGUCCGGCAAGUUUGUAGCAUUGGGACCACUUCACUACGAGAUUAGAGACGAGGACACAGAGCCCCAAUCUACCAAGAAGAUGGCAGCCCCCCUCCAAACAACAAGACAGAGCACCCUGCCUCCUGCAGAGCAUUUCUCUACCCCUGCUCCGGGAGCAGCACAGCCCCCCUCCAAUCUCUUUAUCACACCCAAGGUUGUACCUCAACCCAAGAGAGGGUACGUAGUUGUGUACACGGAGAACGGAUCACCCUACCAUCUAAAUCUGGCGACUAUGAAAGCAAGACAUCCGCAGACGUACGAAGAACCUUCCACAGUGACUCGGUCCACGCGGACAACACGUGCCACACGUGCUGCUUCUAAACGAUAAUCUGCUCGUGCAUCAUAUCUUCAGAUUAUCUCAGUUUUCAUUGCAAUUCCGUUCAAGCUAAUGCCGUAUUUCCUCUGCAAGAGAUGUCAUAAGUAUGUCAGAACAUCCGAGGACAUUUAAAUUCGAGAUCUGCAGAAUUCGAAACACCAGAAAAUUGGAAAAUGUUUAAAUGCUGUACCGUGGUUGCCAACAAAAACAAAAUUAAAACUUCAUGCUGCUUGGCGCAGGAACCAUUUCUUGGUUCCUUUUUUUUCUGUUUUAGUUUUGCGGUUUAUCAUUAUGUUAUUAAACACACGGCUUAUCACGACGUGUACAUAUUUUGAUAUUAUAGCCUAUUAUUUUAACGUGUUCUAUCCUGAUUAUUUAAAAGCUUGGAACUACAACUUUCUUUUUCUCAAGAAUAAUUUUCUUGGUUCUCAAGAAUAAUUGCAUGUUUAUUAUAUUUAGAAUUGAAUUAUCUAGUUAAAUUAUGACGUAUGAAAAUCAGUAGAAAUUUGAACAAUACCGGCAGAGUUAUACUUUCCUUAUCUGUCGUAUAUUAUAUCAGUUUAUUUCAUCAAUUAUAUCAGUGUCGUCAUGAAAUAAAUACUAUUCUAAUCAUUUUAUUUGACCUUGAUGCUUGCUUAAAAUUUUGAAAUGUUUCUUUGUUUCUUAAAUUGACUGCAUGUUUUACGUUGAAAAGUAUCAAUAAAUAACUAAUAAUUUAACACUA